AGUAAUUUAGAUCAAGGGUAAGAAUGUGCUAUCCGCCGCAGGCUAUUUUUAAAAAAUUUGGUGCAGGUAAAAAAAAAAAACCUGUAUAUUGACCAUUUAAACGUGUCACUUUUUUCAUAUCACCUCAUCUUUUCAUCCUUUGAUCAAUGAACAAUUUAUCACUUGGGAAGAAGUUGAUGAUACAACAGUUGCCAACAUUUUCAGUUUCAUUCACAUAAAUCACUGACUCACGGAUCUUCCUGUGCCGAAAUGUCCCAAAUACGGGAAGAUGAAUUCAAACCUAUGAAAUCGCAGUUAGGUUCAGCGUGAAAUUCAUGAGGGAACUUUGGCCUUCACUUCCUCAUGCCCGACUUGUUCCCGCCUAACGCAUGAAAAAGGUCUUGAAAGAUGCUCUCUAUGUAUAUACCAGUCUAUACAGGUUUCAAAUAGGUGAAAGGAAAGCGUCUACGUAUAGCUGUUUCCCACAAUUCUGUGUGCGUCUAAAAGCGCCUGGUUGUUUGACCUAUAGCUUUCACCACGGCGAACCUUGAAAUCAGCGAGGUACAAAACUCACUGCAUCCGCAAAAACUACUUCGCUACUACUACUCCCAAGCGUACCAGCAGUGAGCCAGCCUUCUCUCCCAAACUGAUCAAGGGAAUAGCUACGAUGAUACAGGAGAUGAUAAUUUGAAAAUUGUUAUUGAUAAAAUUAUCAUUUAUUCUCUCGGUGAUACCACCAGGUAUCACCGAGCGAAUAAGUAAAGCAGUAUAAUUUUUAUACAAUGUCAACAUCUUAUUUCCGUGGGCAGUGGAAACAUCUCUUUGCAUGGACGCUUGAUUACAGCUAAUUUUACAUCGCUAUGCUAAAUUAGUUUAGAAUAUGUUUUCAAAUUUUCAGGAAAUAAAACACGUUUAUUUCGUGCUUUCCUUUUGCACGCCUUCAAAAAAAUUUUUUUGAAAUUUUACAUUUCUUAUUCGUGACCAGAAGACCGUAAUAAUUUCACUUAAUUUUAUCUUGAUCGGAACCAGUUUAUAUGUACAUAUAAUGAGCUCUCAUGCAGUUCGUUCUCGAGGUGUAAAUGAGUACCACUUACGCGUUCAAUUUACACUGCUUCAAUCUUUAAACAACAUUUAAAUAACACUUUUAUGAUUAGGAAUUCCUGAGUAUAACUCCUCCCCGCUUUCUUUCUUCCUGAACCUCAUUGUCUUGGAAUACCCGACCCAUAUUCACAAAAAGCUCUUAUUGUGCAUUUCACUUUCUAACGCGUGCUGUGGAGAGAAUGACUGUAAGCUAUAGGUAUCGGAGAUCUUGAACCUCCUCGUCAUAACGACCGAGACAUCGCAUGUGCCGUGCUUCGAACCAUGAGCAUUUCUAACUUGUCCGCAUGGCAGUUAGACCACGAGACGGCAGGCAUGUGCAAAGGUGGAAGUGCGCGCAGCCGCGCAAACAGCCCUGCGGUAAAACGAUAAAAGUCUGGCUUAGACUCACGUAAUAUAUCUUGAGGCCACGAAGAAGCACGCCGGCUUGGAGAUUGCGAGGUGCAGUCUGGAAGCAUCGUUUAGCGCUUUCUUUCGGCGAGGACAACCACAUAAGCAGCCAUGGACCUGGACGAACUGCUGCCAGAAAUCGGGGCCUUCGGGCCAUACCAGAAGUGGACCUACUUCCUCCUCUGCAUCCCGGCCACGCUGCCUUCGGUAUUCACUCUAUUCAACAGCAUCUUCGUAUCGGCCACACCCCGCCACUGGUGCCGUGUACCCGAGAUGGAGGCCCUCGGGGAAGCCUUCCCGCCAGCUCUGCUCGUCGAACUCAGCAUCCCGCGACGAGCGGGGCGCGGCUUCGAAAGCUGCCGCAUGUACGACCUCAACUACACGGCGCUGGUGCAUCGUGUGCUCGACGAAGGCACGCUGCCGCAACCAAACGAGUCCUGGCCGACGAGAGCCUGCGACGAUGGAUGGGUCUACGACGCCACCUAUUACGACGACACGCUGGUGACGCAGAUGAAUGUCGUCUGCGACGACGCGUGGAAGGUGUCCAUGGCCCAGUGCGCAUUCUACAUCGGCAGCGUGGUUGGCAACCUGCUGUUUGGCUUCAUCGGUGACAGGUGGGGUCGCAAGAAGUCGUUCCUGCUGACCAUCGUGGUGAGUCUGGUGGGAGGAAUCGGGGCCGCCUUUCCGGUCACCUACGAGGGUUACAUCGCCUGGAGAGGCGUUGUGGGCAUGACCUACCCAGCCAUCUUCCAGACACCGUUCAUCAUGAGCAUGGAGAUCAUGAGCCCCGAGAAGCGCACCUUCGCUGGCAUGUUCGUGUGCGCCAUCUACGGCGUGGCGCUCAUGACUCUGGCUGGUGUGGCAUACCUGCUGCGCUCCUGGUUUCCCGUUGCGGUGGCCACCUCGCUGCCCUUCGUCGUGCUGCUGGCCAUUUGGUGGCUCAUUCCAGAGUCUCCGCGGUGGCUUCUCAGUCAGGACAGACUGGCCGAGGCCGAGAUUCUUCUCCAGAAGAUUGCCAAGAGGAAUGGAAAGAAGAUUUCGCCAAAUUUCUUGGCGACUUUUAUGGAACAAAAGAAAGAACUAUGCUGCGAUGAAACAGCAACGGAAGAAAAGGUGACACUGCAAAGACUGGUGCAGUACCCGAACCUGCUGAAAAAGGUGGUAGUGGUGUGCUUCAGCUGGACGGCCAACACCGUGGUGUAUAACGGCCUGUCAUUCGCCGUCUCGUCCAUGGGCAUCAGCGAUUACGUGUCAUUCACCAUUAGUGGCGCCGUCGAGGUGCCGGGCGUCUGCUUGGCCUGGUACUUCAUGGACAGGCACGGCAGGAGACCCGUGAUGCUCUUCAACAUGGUGCUUGGAGGCCUCGCCUGCAUCGCCACUAUCUUCGUUCCAUCAGAAAUUGCAUGGCCCACCGUGGCGCUGUGCAGCCUAGGAAAACUGAGUAUCACAGCAUCCUUCGCCACGAUUUACGUGUACGGUGCCGAACUGUUCCCAACCGUGCUCAGAACUUUGGCCAUGGGGAUCGCUGCCAUGACAGCAAGCAUCAGUCUCAUCAUUACACCUCAGAUACUCUAUAUGGGUCAAAUUUACGGCGUGGUCGUCCCCAGCUCUAUUUUCGGAGCCAUGUCGGUGGCAGGGGGCUUAGCCAUCUUGCUCCUACCGGAAACAAUGAAAGUGCGCCUGCCGCAAACCCUCAGCGAAGGAGAGGCUUUCGGAAAGGACGUUCAAUCCUGCAGCUGCUUUAGGAGCAGGACGAGUGAGGAAGACAGCGAUAAAAGUAAACAAGGAAAGCAACACCAAGAAACGUUGAGUCUAUGAACGCAAUAAAUGCAGCUUAAUUUUCAA